AUGGUCCAAGCUGCAAAAACAAAACAACUAAAUGCAGAUGAUCUCCCUGUUGUUGGCCAUGAAGAGCGUGCUCAGACUCUUUAUGAUCAUUUUGCAUCUCGCCCUGCCACAAACGUCCUGAGGAAGUUCCUGCAAAUAUAUUCAUCCCGUCUUCUAUCUGUCUUUGUUCUCCAGGUAUUCGACUGUGCUUGCCGUUUCCUUCCCCAAGUGCUGCUCUUCAAGAUCCUUCGUCUCUUUGAACAGCGCGAUGCUGGAGCCAGUAAUCAGCUUCAGCUAUGGUUGAUGGCAGCGGCCCUUGGGGGUUCCAUGGUUUUGUCCUCAUGGCUCAGAUCAUUGGUAGAUGGGAUAUCCGAUCUAAAACUGUCUCUUCCGAUCCACCAGCAGCUGUUUGCAGUGAUUACCAGUAAGAUAUUGCGGUUAAAGGAUACAGUGGUGGUGGGCUCAACCACGGAUGGCAAGACCAUGGACCCUGAAGAAGGCGAAGAAGAAGACAAGGAUAAUGAUGAUGAUGAUGAUGAUGAUGAUGAUGGUGGUGGUGGUGGUCCUCCAAGGACAAGGAAUUCUAUCCUCAAUCUUCUUGGUGUCGAUGCUGAUAAGAUCUCCAACUUCGCGAACUCCAGCCAUACCAUGCUGGACUGCGCACUUGACCUGACUCUGGGGAUACUAUUUUUGACAAAGAUAUUGGGGUGGAGACCAGUAUUAGCUGGCUGUGGCAUUCCAAUCUUACUGUCGCCGGUCUACUAUUGUAUCAUGAAACGAUAUACCGAAACCGAGGAAACACUGAUGAAGUCACGCGAUAAAAAGUCUGCCGUGCUUACAGAAGCGGUGCGAGGUAUCCGACAGAUUAAAUUCAGCUCAACAGAGAGGCAGUGGUCUGAUAAAAUCAUCAAGCUGCGCCAGAUUGAGCUUUCACAUCAACAUGCGGUUUUCUGGUUCAGUCUCGCCAUGGUCGCCAUCUGGUCAUUCGGGCCUGUUUGCAUGAGCAUUAUGUCUUUGCUAGUAUAUGUGCUUGUCAACCACAAGAUCACGGCAUCCACAGCAUUCACGGCAGUUUCAAUUUUCCAGGGCCUGCAGCUUACGCUAUCAAUCUUGCCAGAACUGCUGACAGAAUUGUCUGAUGCAGCAGUGAGCGCUCAUCGGGUGGAGAAAUUCCUGGAGUUGCAAGAACGCGGUGAUGAUAGACUGCCCGGUGAUACGAUCUCGUUCAGGAAAGCCACGAUAACCUGGCCGACUGAGAAGUCAGAGGAGGAGGGGUUCGAGGAGGACACAUUCUGCUUGAAAGGCCUCUGCCUUGAUUUCCCAACCGGGAAACUCAGCGUCGUGUCAGGCAGAACUGGCUCAGGCAAAACCCUGCUUCUUCAGUCUAUCAUAGGGGAAGCCAAAGUUGUCGAGGGAAGCCUUACAGUCCCGCGCAGAGCAGACGAUGAGUUGAACACCGAUUUCAACCGGCAGAAUUGGAUAGAUAGUGAGCUUGUCGCAUAUGUCUCCCAAGAUCCCUGGAUUGAAAAUGCGACAAUCCGGGAGAGCAUUCUGUUUGGGCUUCCAUUCGAUGCAGAGCGGUAUAGCGAGGUACUCAACGCGUGUGCGCUCAGGGACGAUCUGAAAGCGCUCACAGACGGCGACAUGACUGAGGUGGGAGCUAAUGGCAUUAAUCUCAGUGGUGGCCAGAAGUGGCGUGUGGCCUUUGCGCGAGCUUUGUAUAGCCGUGCUGGGAUCUUAAUCCUGGAUGAUAUCUUCAGCGCCGUUGAUGUGCACGUUGGCCGCCAUCUCUACGAAAAGGCAUUGACAGGGAAGAUAUGCCAUGAGCGAACCCGAAUUCUCGUCACCCACCAUGUUCCGCUAUGCUUGGACGGAACAGAGUAUUUAGUGGUGCUUGCUAAUGGCCGUGUGUUAGAAGCCGGCCACCCCCUGGCUCUCACUCAAAGGGGGUGCUUUGACACUGCACAGAACAUGUCUGAACAGCUACAUGGCAAUGCCAAGGUACAAGUGGCAGAGAUCCAGAAGGCCGACCAGUUGACAACAAGUUUCAAGGGUGAGACGGCCCCCGCCCCGAGAAGAUUCUAUGAGGACGAGAAACGUGCAACAGGAAGCGUAAAGGGUGAAGUGUAUAAAACGUAUAUGAAGGCAUGUGGUGGCUACGUCCACUGGAUAUUUGUUCUCUUGGUAUCAUGCCUUACCGUAGCACUCAGUGUUGCAGUACCGUUCUGGAUAUCCAUCUGGACCAGGGAAUACCAAAGCUCUCCCGCGCACGCUGACAACAGGCUCGUGUUCUACGUGUCUGUCUUGGUGGGAUUGUCAUUGCUAUCAUUCGUCUUGGAAAUCGCGCGUUACCGAUUCAUCUACAGGGGCUCGAUUCGUGCGUCAAGGGUUCUCUUUGAAAGGUUCACCAACACCGUCACACGGAUGCCGCUCCAUUUCUUCGACACAACACCGGCUGGAAGAAUCCUCAAUCGCUUCACCUCGGACUUUGGCACGCUGGAUUCAGAUGUCGCGGAUGGGCUGGCAUUUCUCCUGCAGAGUGGUGUUCUCGUUCUGAGCUCCAUUGGGGCAGCACUGGUGAGCUUGCCAUUGAUCAUGGGGCCUGGUUUUCUGUCCCUGGUGGCGUCGUGUAGCGUUGCAUGGUUCUAUAUUGCCGGGGCCCGAGAGACGAAGAGGCUUGAAAGAACUGCGCGGUCUCCUGUCUAUGAACAGGUUGGCUCGCUGCUUUCUGGGCUGCCGACCGUACGCGCAUUCAGGAUGGAGGAGAGGUAUCUGCAACGGCUGUAUGCAUUGAUUGACGAGCAUUGUCAAGCGCGUUGGCAUCAGGAUCUGUACGGAUGCUGGAUGUCAUUUUGGCUUAGCAUGGUUGGAGCCAGCUUCGUCACUGCCAUUGCAGUAGUCUUUGUUGUUGUCAAAAGUUUCGACGCACCCAUUGCUGGGUUUGCUCUUGGAUUCGCGCUUGAACUGUCCGGGAACAUGUACUGGUUCCUGCAUCAGUACACGCAUCUCGAACUUGAUUUUAACGCGGCGGAGCGCAUUGUUGAAUAUACAGAGCUGCAACAGGAACCGCAAAGUGGAGUUGACGUCCCAGCUCGCUGGCCAGACAAAGGAAGUAUUGAAAUUGACAACCUGACAGUCAGCUACGCAGCAGAUCUGCCCCCCGUCCUAAAGGGCGUCAGCUUUACGGUGAGGGCAAACGAAAGGAUCGGCAUAGUCGGACGAACGGGAGCCGGGAAGUCGUCACUGGCCCUGGCACUUCUGCGGCUGAUCCAGCCGCAGUCCGGGACAAUCUGGAUGGACGGAGUAGACAUUAGCAAGAUGCGACUGCACGAUCUGCGUUCGCGAGUGAUGAUCAUCCCGCAGGAUCCGGUGGUAUUCUCGGGCACGGUGCGCGAGGUGCUGGACCCAUUCGAUGAGUACGACGAGGGCGAGCUGCAGGACGCGCUGAACAAGGCAAUCGGGGAAGGGGAAGGGGAAAGCUUCCUGCGGCUUUCCUCGCGGAUCUCGGAAGGAGGGCGGAACCUCUCGCAGGGCCAGCGACAGUUGCUCUGUCUGGCGCGGGCGAUGGUGCGGCGGCCACGGAUCAUGAUCAUGGACGAGGCGACGGCGUCGGUGGACAUGGAGUCGGACGCGCGCAUCCAGCGGACGAUCCGGGCGGAGAUGCAGGGGUGCACGCUGGUGGUGAUCGCGCACCGGGUGUCGACGGUGGCAGAUUUCGACCGGAUUCUCGUGCUGGACGAGGGGAGGGCCGUGGAGUUUGACACGCCGGCGGCGCUGAUGAGGAUUGAGGGGGAUAUUCCGGGGGUUAUCUGGGGUAUGAGUUGUGGACAUAUGCGGCGACCUGGAACCAGCCGUUGUUGCGGGAGUCGAAGUCGAGGAUCUCGACGGGUCUCGGUGCGGCCGGAGUCGGUGAAGUUGCGGAAGAGCAUUUUGGACUGCAUGGGGCAUAACACUGUGUGUGUGCUAUAG